GUAUGAUAUAAGCAUAUUACAUAUGCAAUAACAAAGAUAAUUGUACUUAAUUGUGCUAAUGUUAGCAAAGAUGAAUGAAGUGUGCAGCAAUAGUAAAAACAGUGUCUUGAACUCAGAAUUACAAGACGUAAUCAUAAAUUUGACAUCACCGAGUGAAGACAAGUUCCUUCCAUAUAAAUUUAAAUUGCCCAGAGCAUCGACUAAACAUUAUCCAAGAAAAAAUAGAUAUCUAUUUCAAUACAAAAUGGCUAAAUCAUUGAUUGUUGAUACAGAUACUUGGAAUUCGCCAAAUGCGAGUUCGGACUGUUAUUGUAUAUCAUACAAGUCACUUCGAAUGUUAUCUAGGUCAGGUAAAAUAAUGAAUGCGCUCAGUUCCGCACAUAGUUCUUUUCGUCAAGACACUGUAGGAAUAAGAAAAUCAUUGAACUUUGACUCGAGUCCAAGUCCAAAGGAGAACAGUAGUUAUGACGAGAAUUCUACCAGUUCUAUCAAUACUGAUACAUCGUCAUCCGUAUUAAAUUUAAGUUCAAUUGAUUCAACUGACAGUAAUGUCCCGAUGACAUCUGGAGAAUCUAUCGACGAAAAUCAGAAUCAAACACCUCAACAAAAUCGAAAAUCGAGCUAUAGAAUUGAUAUAAAAGAUAAUAUGCACAUACGAUCAAGAACAAUUUAUUUAAUGUCAUUGGUCGAGAGACAAAAAGAAGCUACCCACAAAAAUGCCUCUCACGGAUCUUCACAUCCCUUUUGCUCAUUCAACCCAUUUACUGGAUCAAAAGGAGCCAGUCGUGUUAUAACUGCGAGUACACCCAGGAAUCUAUCUCAGGAAUUUAACCAAGAACUAGACAAUAGAUCACAUACACCUGAAAAUAUAAUAAAUGUAAUUCCAGAAAGUAUAAGUUCUAUUAAGAAGAGCCAUAAGAAGGAAAAAUUAUAUUCUCAUGAAGAACAAUCGCCUAUUCAGCAGAUGGAUGUUUCUAUACAAAAUGAUUUACAUUCAAGAACAACUAUGGAAUCUCCAGGAAUAGAUAUGAUUGCUACAAGUAGUUGCUAUAUUACUUCUGAAAAUGAAUCUCGUAAGAAAAACAGAAGUAUUAAGAGAACACUUAUUUACAAUGACGAACAUCGUAAUACUGAAUCAGAUUCUGAUCACAAUAUACAGCAGAAAACCGCAUCGACAAUAAAUGAUUCGUUGGAAAGUGGAUUGGAUCAAAUAGAAAAUGAUAAAAUGCAAGAUAUUGAUUCCAGCGAUGAGAAUUGUGAAGAAGAUAUGCAAGUUAAGGUAUGUCUUGUAGAUCACAAUAAUGAAGAAAAAGAUUGUUCUAACGAGAACAUUUGCAAUGAAGAAGUAAGUCAGUUAUUGUUGCAAAACGAAUCGUCAAGUAUUUGUAAUGUUAAUGUGACCAGUGAGAAUAGAACAGCGUCUCCAGAAUCUAGUUCAAAUAUUUCUCAAAAUGUUGCUAAUGUAGUUACACCCGAAAAUAACGUAAAUAUGUUAAAGCACGUAUUGACCGAAUCGAUUAAGAAAUCACACAAGAAAAUGAAACAUGGAAAUAGAAAGAUGUUGUUUAAAACCCCCAUCAAAGAUCCUCAUCAAAAAAUGGAAUUAACAAAAUCUGAAAUAUCACUUGAAGGUGUUUGCAAUAUUGAUCAAGAUAUUGAAAGUCAGACAUCUGAUGCGAUUCAUGUCUCAAGCCCACAGAAUUCCGAGCUUAAUCGACCAAACACACCUGAAAAUGUAAAUUCAAGUAGACUCUUAUUGCUUGGCUUUCAUUCAGUUAAAAAGUCACAUAAGAAAGAUAAACGUAGCAAAAGAACUUCCAAUUUUGUUGAAAGCCACGAAUAUUAUAAAGAAGGUAAUCCAUUACAUAAAUAUGAAGAGGAAAUUUGCAGAACCUUACGUAAGAAUAAAUCUCCUGACAUAUCUCCUACAGAGAAGUCAAUAAGCACAUUUUUGCAAAGUAGUACACCCAAAGUUUCAAGUACUUUCGUGUCUUUAGGAUGUAAAGAUAUAAACAAUGAAUUUAAGAUUUUUACUCCCAUUAAAAAACGACGAAUCCCGGUUGACAUUACAAAUUAUGUUUCUGCGGCCGAUAUAUCACAAGAAGAAGAUGAAUCUGCACAAGCAACAUCAAAGGAAAUUGAUUGUUCCAGAUGCGUAACGCCAGUAGCACGUUGUUCCAAAUUGAGAAAACAUGAUCUUAUAUUGGAACGCGAUAAUACUAAAAAAUCUGAAACUAAUAUAAACGUUUUGAAAGUGACUGAUACAAAUCCAAAAGACAAGACUGGUAGAUCAACUCCAAUAAAUAUGUCGACGACGGAAUUGCUUUGUAAUAUAGACUCAAUUAAAAAAUCUCAUAAGAAAGACAAGCAUAACCGUAGCAAGAAACUGAUUUUAAAGAAAAAACGAGCAUAUGUCGAAAAAAGUGAGCAUGUCAAUUUUGGAAAUAAUGAUAAGAUGUUGGAAGAACCCAUCAGUUGGUCUUUGAAGCAUCAUUUCGACAAAAAUUGUGCCGAAAAAGAGAUGUGUAUUAUUAUGUGUGAAAAGGAGAAGAACAAAAGUUAUAAAGAGAUUGUUUAUAAUGAUCCCGACGAUCCUCAACCGUCUACAAGUCGAGGAGCAGAUAAUAUGGAAAAUAUAAAAAAUACCACAAAAUCCAAGUUUCUGGAUACAACGCCUCCAAAUAGCUUAAGAGCAAUGAAUUUAAUGAAAUUGGUGCAAACGACUUCCAUUAAAAAGUCUCAUAAAAAGGAACGUGACAUUAACGCACAAACCAAAAUGCGUUACGUGGCCGCUUAUAUGCUGGCAGUUUUGGGAGGCAAAGCCUCGCCAAGCCAGAAUGACAUUGAAAAAAUUCUGUCAUCAGUAGGAAUUGAAACUGAUGCUGAGAAACUAAAGAAGGUCAUUAAUGAAUUAAAUGGCAAAUCAAUGGACGAACUGAUUGCCAAGGGCAGAGAGAAACUAUCGUCCAUGCCAGUUGGUGGAGCAGUUCCUGCUGGUGCUCCUGCAGCCCCUGCUGGUGGCGCAGCAGCUCCAGCUGAAGAGAAAAAAGAGGAAAAGAAGCCAGCUAAAGAAGAAUCUGAAUCAGAGGACGACGAUAUGGGCUUUGGCUUGUUUGACUAAAGACUUUUUUUAUUUUAUCACUGAAGAAUGAAAUACAUUGCAUUCUGCAGCAGCGGUAUGAGUGAUUUCCAAUUUAACUUUCAUAAGCGUUAAGGAUCAUUAGCUGAUACUUCUGCUGGAGAAUAAAGCGUACUUUUAACUGAA